GCACUUAUUGUUAUGGGUUUCAUACAGGCUUUUUUCCCCAAGAAGAAUGAGAAACCAAGGAGACCAGAGCCUGGACCCCUGGGUCCCCGGUCCUGGGAGCAUGAUGUCCUCUUACCUCAAGGCACCCCCACCCCAUUACUCGGUCAAUGCACUGGCCUUGGCGGCACCUGCCUUGGAGAUUCUGCAUGGUACCACCACAGCCGGCUACUCAGGCACACCAAGGAAGCAGCGCCGAGAGCGGACCACGUUCACUAGGGCUCAGCUCGACAUCCUGGAAGGCCUUUUUGCCAAGACCCGAUAUCCAGAUAUCUUCAUGCGAGAGGAUGUAGCCAGCAAAAUCAACCUACCAGAAUCCAGAGUCCAGGUAUGGUUUAAGAACCGCCGUGCAAAGUGUCGACAGCAGCAACAGCAGCAGCAGCAGCCAGCAGGUGGGGGGACAACCAAGGCCAGACCCGCCAAGAAGAAGGGCAUCUCCCCACCCCGAGGUGGAGCAGAGCCCGGGCCAGACCCACCAGGCCCCUACAGCCCAGUGCCAGCCCCCUCAGCCACUCCUCCUUCUGCAUCAGUAUCCAUCUGGAGCCCUGCCCUCUCUCCACUCCCGGACCCCCUGGCCGCAAUGGGGGCUGCAGGGGGCUCAUCCGUCUGCACUCAACGUGGGCCUGGGGCUUCUGUGGCUGCCUCCUCUUCCUAUGCUCUGACCUAUGCUCCAGCCCCAGCAGCCUUCAGUGCCUCUUCGUCGCCCUAUGGGAGUUCCAGCUCCUUUUUUGGGGGUCUAGACUGCAGCCCUUACCUCUCACCCAUGGGGUCCCAGUUGGGCGGACCUGGUUCUUCUCUCAGCCCCCUCCCUGCUCCUGGCAUGGGGCCCCACUUGGGCCAGUCUCCAGCCUCCCUGUCUGGUCAGAGUUUUGGGGCUGGGGGGCUGGGCUUCAGCCCUGUUGACUGCCUGGAUUACAAAGACCCCAGCAGUACCUGGAAACUCAACUUUAGCACAACAGCUGAUUGUCUGGAUUACAAGGAUCAGGGCUCAUGGAAAUUCCAGGUGUUGUAGAUGAGGAGAGCUAGGUCCUUCCCAUCUCCAAGCUGAACCUUCUUUCUGAGCCAGGAGACAGGUGGAAAGAAAGUCUCUCAAUUUGGAUGCAGGAUCCUGGUUGCCCAUUUGACACCUCUGUAACCUUAAGCGAUUCUCUUUCCUUUCUGGGCCUCCAAUUCCCCUGUAAUUUUGGGGGUGCAGCUAGAUGAUCCCCAAGGUCAUUACUAGCAACUUACAAUGGAAGGAAAAGGUCCGUCUGGUUUUGGCUGGAGACAAGGAAGGAUCAUCCCGGCUCAUUGUGACCUUGGAUAUCCUACCAUGCUACGAUUUAGAAGAAUAAAAGUUCAAAAAUAAUGGGGUCUACCCCCUAAGCCUUCCCUCUGCCCAAGUAGGAAAGGACUUGAUUUUCACAGAACAUCGGGCAAUUUGCCUCUCCUUGGAAUAUCGGGUUUGGGAGCCAGCACCCUGUCUGAAUCCAGACUCUACCAUUUACAGCACGUGUGACCUUGGGCAGUCACUUCCUGCUCUCUCAAAGACUCUGGUUUCAAAGAAAUCUUCCCAACCUGAAAAAAAAAGCCCACAAAAUCUCACUACAAACUUCAAAGGGCCAAGCUCCGCUGUAGGCAGGCCCAUCAGGAAAACCUCACCCACCCUGACCUCCAACAGGAACUAACUGCACAUACUCCAAGAACUGGCAUGUGCAUGGGGUGGUGGUGGUGGGGCAGAUUUCAGGCCAGUUCGGUCAAACAGCUCUCCCAACAUCAGCUGGGUCACACAGACCCUUGAGACAAACAGUCAGGAAACAUCAAGAAGUCCAGCACUGGUUGCUUACCUUUUUUUGGAGGCAGUCAUCUGUUAAGCACUUAACCAUGUACCAGCUAGGUGGCCCAGUGG